ACACCUUGAAUCGGCCACUCAAAAUCAAACGAGAAGACUAUCAGUACAACAUGGCUAAACAAGAAUCUAUCAUCGCUUCUGUCACCAACAACGAACGAUCACCAGAAGAGUAUGAAAGGCUCGCAAGGUCGCACGACUCUUACUCACCCUUUUGGUUAACAGAAACUAUCCAGUUAGGGCCACUAUUACCUUCAGAUAAGGAAUCGUUGCUCGAAUAUUUGAAUGACUCGAGAGUCUAUCAGUGGCUCCUUGGUCCCCCUUAUCCCUACACUGAGAAGGACGCGGAUUUGUUUAUAAAAGGCCGUGUCGAUCGAGUCACUAAGAAUGGCACGCCAUUGCAUCUGGUUUUCCGAGAUAUGACAAAAGGUGGCAAGGCUAUCGGCUCUGUUGGGGUGUCAGAUGAUAGUGACGACAUGCUCGAUGGUGAUGAUGUUGGAUAUUGGCUUGCUCCAGAAUAUCAUGGCAAGGGUUUGAUGGCUAAAGCAUUGAAGGUGCAGCUUCGCAGGGUCGCAAUUCAGGAGGUCGGUAAACGAAAAUUCAACGCACAUGCAUUUGUGGGUAAUUGGGCGAGUCGCAAAACUAUGGAGAAGGCAGGCUUCGUCUAUCAACCAAAUAUGGAAAAGACAAAAACAAAGGACGGAAAAGAGAUAGAGCUCUGGACUAUGCGAAUGUACUUGGAUGACAAAGAUGUAGAAAACUACGGACUCAUUCCGGAAGCCACACCACUGCCUUCGCUAAUAUAGG